AACGGGAGUUUGAGGUAAAAUACACCAUCAUGAUAUGUUUAACGAAGAUGGUGAUGCGUCAAACAUCAAACACCAGACGGAGGUUCACAAGUCCAAAUCGGCACUGUGGAUUAACACUACUCGUCUAUGUCGUGGGUCGAUAACCCCAUGCUGUUUCCACCUCCGCCAUCUGAUACGCUCUGCAUUAUAGCGGCUACAAGACCAGGGCUGUUCCAAACAAGCAGUUAAGGUGGCUUACCAUGGAGGCAAUGUACUUAGAUCCUGUUCGAACAGAAUAUAACGAAACCCAGACGAUUGGGAACAGAGAGGACUGUCAACAGUCAAGGUUAUCGCCGCCCAUUCGGGUGGCCCUGGCCGAUUCUUUUUGCAUCGGAGGAGCCAAAUCGCAUUCCAGAUCAUGCGGAGUCCAGGCCGUUAGUGGGUCCCUCACAUUAAUAUUCGCCUCCUAACAUGCACACCAUCAUCCUCCCGACGCUCGUUUGUCCCCGCCACUCCUUAUACCGCUCCCUGCACAAUGAAGUCUCUGGUGUCUUUGUAUAUUACUCUAGCAUGUAAUGUUUAUGCUUCGCUUGCUGCAAUCGAAGUCACUCCGCCUUCAAGUCCUCCUACAGGCAAUGCCACCGCGGUCGUUUUCCCGAAUUUCCUUGGAAUAUCCCUGGAGCUCUCAUUCAUAAACAACUACUUCGGUAACAGCUCGAAUGAAGCACCACCUGCAAUGGUCAACUACCUCUCUGCUAUACGCAAUCGUACCUUUGAUCGACCUGUUCGACUCCGACUUGGUGGAAAUUCCAUGGAUAGUUCUACCUAUGUCCCGGACCAACAGGAUAUUAUCCAGUUUACCAACCCCAAUGCUAACUCAAAUGAUCAACCAGUCAACUACGGCCCGGCACUCUUCGAUGUUAUGAACACGGUCAGCGAUAUGGCCGGUGAAGUUGAAUAUCUCAUCGGAUUAAGCCUGCGCAAUCCAAACAGUACCAAUAUUGCGCUCCUGGCAGGCGAUGCGCAGAAGGCUCUUGGGGAUAAACUGGAUGCAUACUUACUUGGAAAUGAGCCUGAUUUGUACACUCGGCAUGGACAGAGACCCAACAUAGCGAAUUACACCGUCAAUGAUUACAUCGGUGAAUAUUGGACCGUUUUCAACCAGCUUAAAUACACGCCACAAGGUGACGUGUUGGAAUUGGAUAAAAUUGCCGGGCCCACAAUCUGUUGUGCUUGGGACCUCAACGCUGUCUUGUCAUCCGGUUGGUUGACCUCCUUCAAAGACCGGCUGAAGUACAUCACGUUGCAACACUAUCCUCAAGACAAUUGCCGCUCAACACAUAAAUACGAACUGGACUAUUACCUUCAGCACAAAGAAACAGUAGAGCUCGCACAAUGGCAGGGUCCGGGAAUACACAACCUUUCGACCAUGCCCCCCGAAAUCCGGAGGCCUCUCCUCAUGGACGAAUUCAGUUCGGCUUCUUGUGGAGGCCUCCCAGGAAUCUCGGACACGUUCGGUGCGGCUAUGUGGACAGUGGAUUAUGCGUUACAGAUGGCCAGCGUUGGCUAUUCUGCAGCGUAUCUGCAUACUAGGGAGAGGGGCGUCACAUACAAUCUCUUUGAUUAUCCAGACGCCCCUGCUGGUAGUGGCGGGGAUUGGACUACAAACCCGACGUUCUAUGCAUACUUGCCAAUCGCAGAAGCACUUCAAUCUCCUAACGGAAGUAAGGUGGUCGAUUUGGACAUCGAGAACUCCAUGACGGACGCCACAGCGACCAUUGCAGGUUAUGCGAUUUACGACAUGACGUCCUCUAACGUCCACCGCGUUGUCCUAUUCAAUUUCGUCAACGGUUCAUCUACCCCUGUAUCAUUUUCACUUUCGCCUUCGUUCUUUUCUACGUCAAGCAACAGUGUCCUUGUGCGAUACCUCACUGCGCCGAACGUCAAUGAGAAGACUCAGAUAGCCUGGGGUAACCUCACGUACGCCGGUGUUGGUGACGGCAAUCCUAUUCAAGCUACAUUCGAUACUGCACGAAGCGAUCAGACCGUGGAUUGCUCCCAGGGCUGUACCAUUGAUGUGCCAGGACCGGCUGUCGCAGUGGUGUAUGUGGGUGCUCCCCCAAUCCUUGGUGCUGUGAAGAACAGUACAAGCCAGACUACAGGCUCUGGAGCCACCUCUCAUUCUGGGACGUUGGGUUUGAGGCUUCCGAGUGCGACGUCGCUCUUGUUGUUGUCCUUGCCGUUCGUUCACAUUUUCAGCUUGCUGUGAUGCUCGCACUCUUUCAUAUUUAUUGCAUCGAACCCGAACUUACAUACCAGGUGAAUCGUCCCAUGUGUUGUAGCUGCUUGUUGCCAUUUGUAGCUAGCCUAUGGCUCUGUAGAAGCUAGAUCAUAUUGCUGUAUUAACAUCUUGCCUCCAUGAUAAAAACUAUCCCGUAUGGAAGAAUGCCGGUUUUUCCUCUCUAGGGAUUUGUGAAGGCUGCCAGUCACCUAAACCCUAAGAACGAUCCA